AUGGGUGAUGGUCCCUGUGACUUAACUUGGAGAGAAAUCUCUGCUCUUCACUGGGGAAUCCACACUGGAGAGAAACCUUAUGGAUGUAAUCAAUAUGGAAAGGUUUUUACACGGAGGAAUCAUCUUAAUGAAAAUCGGAGAAUCCACACUGGAGAGAAACCUUAUGAAUGCCAUCAACGUGGAAAGGCUUUCAGAGUCAGCUCCAGUCUAGCUGAACAUCAGAGAACCCACACUGGAGAGAAACCUUUUGAGUGUAAUCAGUGUGGAAAGACUUUCACAAGCAGCUCCAGUCUUGUUAAUCAUCAGCGAAUCCACAGUGGAGAGAAACCUUUUCAAUGUAAUCAAUGUGAAAAGGCCUUCAGAGUUAGCUGCAAUCUUGUUAAUCAUCAGAGAAUACACACUGGAGAGAAACCUUAUGGAUGCACUCUAUGUGGAAAGGCUUUUACACGGAGGAAUGCUCUUAAUGACCAUCACAGAAUCCACACUGGAGAGAAACCUUAUGAAUGCAAUCAGUGUGGAAAGGCUUUUAAAAAUAGGGGCAACCUUAGCUUUCAUCAGAAAAUCCACACUGGCGAAAAACUUUAUGAAUGUAAUCAAUGUGGAAAGGCCUUUACACUGAGGGCCUGUCUUGCCAGACAUCAGAGAAUCCACACUGGAGAGAAACCUUUUGAGUGUAAUCAGUGUGGAAAGGCCUUCAGAGUCAGCUCCACCCUAGUUAAACAUCAGAGAAUCCACACUGGAGAGAAACCUUAUGAAUGUAAUCAGUGUGGAAAGGCCUUCAGAGUCAGUUCCAGUCUAGCUGAACAUCAGAGAAUCCACACUGGAGAGAAACCUUUUGAGUGUAAUCAGUGUGGAAAGACUUUCACAACCAGCUCACAUCUUGUUAACCAUCAGCGAAUCCACACUGGAGAGAAACCUUAUGGAUGUACUCUAUGUGGAAAGGUUUUCACAUGGAGGAAUGCUCUUAAUGAACAUCAGAGAAUCCACACUGGG